AUGGCGGAUACCACGGGAACGUCGUGGUCGGACAUCCCGCUGGACCUCGCCGGCCGGAUCCUCCACCGGCUGCCUGCCCAUGUUGACCGCGUCCGGUUCGGCGCCGUGUGCCCCCAGUGGCGCGCGACCACGCGGCACGGCCCCCUGCCCCCACCGCUGCCUCUGCUGCUGCUCUCGGAUGCUAGGGUGUACAGUCUGCCCGGAAGCGAGCCGUUCCACUUCUCUGGUUUUACGGGGACGGGGUACACCGACGCUUGUGGCGACUGGCUGGUGUUUUCAGGGGCGGUGGAGCAGUUUGGACUCAAGGCCCCCCCUGCUGCCUCCACAGCCAUGAAGCGCCGUCCUAAGCGCACAAUAACUUUUACUCACUGUGGAACAGAUGAAGGAGGGAUUUUGAAGGAUGAAGAUGUUUUGAGCCCCGGAACCUCUUUGAUUCUGAAACCACCUAUGCAUGUGGGUGAUGAGUCCGUUAAUGUGGCAACCCUAGCAUGGAUGGAAAUGGCUGAAAGGUUGCAGUUGGAGGAGGAGCCAAAGAAGUGCAAACUGUGGCUCUGUUCACCCAAUUUCAUUGUAGCAACAAUCAAGUUCACGGGAGGCAAACGGAUUGCAGUGUGCCAGGCAGGGGCCACCUCGUGGUGGUCUGUAUGUUUCGAAAAUCACUGUCCAGACUUUAUUGACAUGGCAUUCCAUCAGGGCAAGCUAUAUGCCCUUGACGUCCAUGAUUCACUUUUCGUCAUCGAUGUCAGCAUGGAAAACAGUAGCAGCGAUCCAUGGAUUUCUCAAAUGCGAAAGGUCAUCAUCGGUCCAUAUUUGCACAUGCAUUUUUCCCUAGGAUGUCAAAAGAGGGCCUAUCUAGUUGAAUCACGUGGUGUGUUGCUGGUGGUAUUGAGAAAGUUGCGCCACCCAUCGAUAGACCUGAGUUAUGCAGCUGAACGUAAUGAGUUCGAGGUGUUUGAAGCCGAUCUCAGUCAGUCACAGUGGUUUAAGGUGACGGCGAUAGGGAACAAUGAGGUUUUGUUUCUACGUCGACGAUGCAGCAGGUCUGUUGGUGUUUCUCAUAAUGCUUUGCCAGGGGGCUGCAUCUUCUUCCUGGAUAAUGAUGACAAGGAUUGCAGUUGGUAUGGUGCCUCAAGUUCUUGCUGCGUCUACAGCAUGACGAAUGGCAAGGUCUCCACCCCUCUGCCAACGGUGUCAUGGAAGCCUGGCAUUGUGUUUGGGACUUGGCUCUUCCCUCAGAGCUGA